CACAAUUGGUAAUUACAAACAUACCUAGGUAUAUAGGUCAAACCGACUACCCGUCGAAUUGGCUUUCGCCUUGUAUAUCUUCCCGCAUUCACAACUUGCAUUCUUUUUACACUGCAUCACGACAUCAUGCAUAAAUCACUGCUUCUUCCCGUCAUCGCUAUCGUGGCAUUGACUGUCUACAAGGUCUUCUCAAUAAUUGUCAAUCGUCGAAAGGAUGCCGACUUUGCCCGCCAGCACAACUGCCAGCCAGCGCCUGCUGUCACCUGGGAUGGCUUCCUCGGCAUCAAGGUCAUCAAGGAAAUGCAAGCCGCCGACCAGAAGAACAUGUUCAUGAACCUUCUCAACGACCGUGUGUCGCAAAUGAGCGAAAAAGUGGGCAGAUACUGUCCUACGUUCUCCUACCGAGUCCUCGGCAAACAAGGCUUCUUCACUGCCGAUCCGAAGAACAUCCAGGCCAUCCUUGCGCACCAAUUUGAGGAUUUUGAGCUGGGCGCUUUGAGGCGGAAGGUCAUGGGAGAGCCCUUAGGUGAUGGCAUCUUCGUGCAAGACGGCAAAAAGUGGGAACACAGCCGAGCUCUGCUCAGACCUAAUUUUGUCCGCGAUCAAGUCUCUGAUCUCGACAUGGAAGAGAGACAUGUCCAAGAUCUCUUCACCGUCAUGCCGGUGCAGCAAGACGGCUGGACUGAUAUGACUAAUGUCCAAGAAUUGUUCUUCCGUCUAACGAUCGACACGGCUACGGAGUUCCUUUUCGGCGAAUCGACGAACACGCAAGUAACGACGUCAAAUAAGAACCAGACCGAUUCAAAGGGCAGAUGGGAUGAGCGAGCCUUUGCUAAACACUUCGACUCCGUUCAAAGACACAUGUCAUCCAAGUUCAGAUAUGGUGACCUUCACUGGCUACACAAUCCUAAGGAAUAUCAAGAAGACAUUAAGAUCAUCAACGAAUUCAUCAGCUAUUACGUCGACCUCGCAUUGACAAAGAGCACAGAUCGAAAACCCGAUACAAAGGGCGAAAAGUACGUCUUCCUCGAGGCGUUGGCCGCUCAAACCCAGGACCCUGUAGCACUUCGCGCACAGCUGUUGAACAUUCUUCUUGCCGGCCGCGAUACCACAGCGUCACUCCUAAGUUGGACCUUCCACGAGCUGGUCCGCAAUCCUGAGAUCUUUGAGAAAUUGCGUCGGGCCAUCCUCUCGGACUUUGGGCCCUAUUCCACCGACGACCUCUCCGCAAUCACCUUCUCCAGCUUGAAGUCUUGCACGUACCUGCAACACACCCUUUCCGAGGCUUUGCGACUCUGGCCAGUCGUUCCAGGAAAUUCACGCCGCAGUAACAAGAGAACCACGCUUCCUCGCGGCGGCGGGCCCGAUGGUCUCUCGCCUGUUUUCAUCCCACCAGAAACACAGGUAGACUACAGUGUCUACACGAUGAUGCGCCGGAAAGAUCUCUGGGGCGAGGAUGCAGACAAAUUCCGACCUGAGCGCUUCGAGGGCCGGAAACCUGGUUGGGACUAUCUUCCAUUCAACGGCGGCGCUCGACUUUGCAUUGGACAGCAGCUGGCUCUGACAGAGGCGGCAUACGUCGUAGCACGAAUCUUGCAGAAAUUCGAUAAGAUCGAGGCCCAUCCGGGAGAUUUCGAGGCGAUCACUACACAGAACUUGACCCUCACCAGCUGCCCUGCGAAACCGGUCAGGUUGCGGGCGAGGGAGGCGAAGGCAUGAACAAAGUCAUUCUGCAUAUUGUGUUUGAUUGCUGCAUUUUGACAAUCUAGUCAUUGCGAUGGCGGAUAAAUACUUCACGAAUGCAUGUCGACUAUUCCCGUCAUGAGCCGCAAGGCAUGUCGUUGAGCAUGUUCGUUGUGGUGCUCUUGCAAAACUUCAAAAGUUUGCUUUCCAACGUGAUGUGAGAUGGAGAAGGUAUGGACAAAGUGCUCAUGUGAGAGAGACCUAGUCGAGAGAUAAUGUUCCGUAGAUGUAGAAUUGCCGGCCGUGAAUUCGCGAUGACCACAAGCCGGGUACGUUUUCAACGUCGUGCUGCUACGCGAAUGUACUCCAUUGGGAGUAGAAUUCCAAUGCAAAGAAAUCCAGUAAUGAGUAGCCCG